GCACGUUCUCGGACUUGCCUCUAAGGAUCAAAGCUACGCUUUCCUGGGACAACUUACAACUUGCAGCAUGCGGGAUAGGUCUUCGAUUCAGAGACGGCCAUCUCCAGUCUCACCGGCGGACCCCACAUGUCGGACAUGCAAAAAUUGUCGCCGCCGAAAGGUCAAAUGUAAUGGCCACCAUCCACAGUGUGCAGCCUGCCAGCGUAAGAACUUAGAGUGCGUCUAUCCACGCGAUGAACGGAGAACCGCCCACCGCGUAAAAAAGGCCAACGUGCGGGCUUUAGAGAAGCAAGUUGAGGUUCUUCAGGAGAGACUGGGAAGUGUGGCAGACGGAUCCGCCGCUGCGAGCCCUUUGAUCACGGAGUCCGUUCAUCGACAAAGCUCGCAGCUAGAUAAUAGUUCGCUUUCUAUCGAAACCCAAUCCCCUUCCCACCGCAGAGCGCAAGAAGAACCCAUUGCGAUACCUUCGCCUGAGGCGAGCAUAGCGGAUAACGGACCCCAAGUCUACGGUGCGACAAGCUUACUCCAUGAUCAGUCGUCCGACACGCCGCUGGCGAAUCUUCAGCUCAGACAAUCGACAGUGCAAUACCUGCCAGCGGAGACUGUCCAGGACCAGCUGAUUGCUUACGCAGCGCUGCGCAGACAGGAGGAGUUGGCUUUGAGGUCGACGCCUAGCCUCACAGUCCACGUUGACUUCGAUGGCGUGCCGGCAGAUCUAGCAUUGCAUCUACUGGAACUACACUGGAAUCGCCAGCACCUAUCCUAUCUGCUAACGUAUCGACCAGCGAUUAUGGAUAGCCUGAUGACCAAUGGCCCCUUUGUGAACAAAUUGCUUCUGAACGCAAUCUAUUUGCAGAGCAGUCUAUACAGCGACCGCCCCUCGUCAUCGUUCGAUCAUCAUCAACCCCCUAAUGCGAAGGGCCUGGUCUUUCAUGAGCGCUUCAAGCAGCUCUUACCCCAAUACAUCGAUGAGCCUUCCCUUCCGACCGUGAUAGCGCUGUUGACCAGCGGGGCGUGCUUGGUGCCGUACGGCCGCCAGAGCGCAGGCUGGGCCCUCUCCGGCAUGGGCUAUCAGAUGAUCAUCGACCUGGGCUGUCACCUCGAAUGUCCCGCCACGUCCAGAGCGAGUGCGAUCGAACAGGAGAUGAAGAAACGGGUGUAUUGGGGGGCAUUUGUGAGCGACAAGUUCCAGUCACUAUUCCUGGGCCGACCGCCCGCAAUGCGAGAGACCAGCGGGAAUGUCUCGCGCGAAUUUCUGGACACCUUCGAAGAACUGGAUGAGUGGAAGCCGUAUAUCGAUCCCUUGGAGCAUCUCCCGUCAGCUGUCCCUCAAGCAUACCCGGGUCGGCCGACGUACGCGAUCAGCACGUUUCAAGUGCUGUUGCAACUUUGCAUGAUCGCAGGGGACGUCGUUGAUGCCUUUUACUCCGUAAGGAGCUCAUCGCAGCCCGAGACGACGCUCCUUAAAACAAAAGACCGCAUCGCAACGCAACUCCAUCAAUGGCAAGAUACCCUCCCCGCCUCGCUACGAUUCGAACCGGGCCUGGACGCCACGCGCCCGCCGCACCAGCUCACCCCACAUGCUCUCCACUGGACUCUGGUGAUCUUGACCGAGCAAGCAUUCUUGCGCCCUGGCCACUUCCCCUUCGCCUUGCCCCCCGCCGCAGCGGAAGAAUCCCGACAGCGGUGUCGGGAGGCCGCGCUGAAGAUCUGGAAGCUCGUAGAGGCGUAUCAGCAAACCUUCACCCUCCGACGCGCGCAGUAUGGCAUAGCCUAUGCGACGUACUGUGCCGUGGUCGUCAUGCUCCAGCACACCCGCAACGUCGACGAUGACGUGCACUGCAUCCGCUUCUUCUGGUCCGCCCUGCUGGAGUACCAGAAGGGGUGCUCGUAUGGCCUGAAGCGACCGUUGAAACUGCUGAGGUCGCUCAUGCGCCGGCUGGAGUCGGUGGCGAAUCUGCUCGAGGCGGAGGACCGGGCGGCGGAUGGGGCCGCGCCUACUGGUGGGGUUCGACUCUGCAGCGGAUGCGGGUCUGCAUUGGCCACUGGAGGCGGAAGCAUGGGAUUCUUCGAUGUUGAAUGCUCUGCCAGAUGACUUUUUCCUGGCGGACGAGUCGAUGUUUGGUAUGUUUGGGGGAUAAAUGCUCACAACAGCAUCAAGUACGUGGUGUUUUCCAUUCAAUUUCUAGGGCUUUUUCUGGAG